AUGUCCAUGAACAUCUUCGGAGCAGAGGCGACAGAAGAGAAGGCAGAGAAUGCCCGCCUCUCGUCCUUCGUCGGGGCUCUUGCCCUCGGCGAUCUUGUAAAGUCGACCCUCGGUCCCAAGGGCAUGAACAAGAUCCUUCAGUCGGGGUCAACGGGCGAGAUCAACGUAACGAACGACGGUGCAACCAUUCUGAAGGCGAUCCAGCUCGAUAACGCAGCGGCGAAGAUCCUGGUGAACAUCUCGAAGGUGCAAGACGAUGAGGUCGGCGACGGCACGACGAGCGUUUGCGUGCUCGCGGCUGAGCUACUGAGGGAGGCGGAGAAGUUGAUUGCGAUGAAGAUCCACCCGCAGACGAUCGUAGAGGGCUUCCGGAUUGCGAGUGCUGCUGCCCUGCAGGCCCUUGAGAAGGCUGCGAUUGACAACAGCGCGGACCCAGCACAAUUCAGACAAGAUCUUUUCAACAUCGCACGGACCACCCUGUCGUCAAAAGUCCUCUCACAAGACAAAGACUACUUCGCUAACCUUGCCGUUGACGCAGUCCUCCGCCUGAAGGGCUCAACGGACCUCGACCACAUACAAAUCAUCAAGAAGGUUGGCGAGAAGCUGACUGACUCGUAUCUCGACGAAGGGUUUAUUCUCGACAAGACAAUCGGCAUCAACUGCCCAAAACGGCUUGAGAACGCCAAGAUUCUCAUUGCCAACACCUCCAUGGACACGGACAAGAUCAAGAUCUUCGGAGCGCGUGUGAAGGUGGAUAGCACCGGAAAGCUCGCUGAGCUCGAGCGUGCGGAACGGGAAAAGAUGAAGGCGAAGGUAGACGCGAUCGCCGGGCACGGCAUCAACUGCUUCGUUAACCGGCAGCUCAUCUACAACUACCCCGAGUCGCUUCUCGCGGAGAAGGGCGUCCUCACGAUCGAGCAUGCAGACUUUGAAGGGGUGGAGCGGCUGUCGCUCGUCACGGGCGGUGAGAUCGUGAGCACCUUUGACCGUCCGGACUUGGUCAAGCUGGGCCGGUGCGAGUUGAUCGAGGAGAUUAUGAUCGGCGAGGACAAACUCACGAAGUUCUCUGGCGUCGCCGCAGGAGAGGCGUGUACGGUCGUUCUCCGUGGUUCGACAUCGCAGAUGGUCGACGAAGCGGAGCGCUCCCUUCAUGACGCGCUCUCAGUGCUCUCGCAAACCGUCAAGGAGACACGGACCGUGCUCGGCGGCGGGUGCGCGGAGAUGCUCAUGAGCGUGGCGAUCGAUGGUGCCGCGCGUACCGUCACCGGCAAGAAGGCGCUCGCGGCGGAGGCGUUCGCCCGCGCGCUCAGGCAGAUCCCGACCAUCCUAGCCGACAAUGGGGGGUACGACUCGAGUGACCUUGUGACUAAGCUCAGGGCGGCGCACUAUGAAGGGCGGACGGAUGCCGGCCUCGACAUGAACGAGGGCAGGGUUGGGUCGAUGAAGGAGCUGGGCGUCACAGAGAGCUACAAGCUGAAGAGGCAGGUCGUGCUCAGCGCGAGCGAGGCUGCCGAGAUGAUUCUCCGCGUCGACGACAUUCUUCGGGCGACGCCUCGGAGACGCGAAGCAGUAUGA